CGAAGUGUCAGAGAGUCGGUACAACAGACGGGACUGGCGACACACGGAGGUGCUUCUAAACGGUUUAUAAGGCGUGGACCAACAUGGCGUCCUUCUACCUGGCUGUUCUGUUGAUCGCACUCACUCCCUGUGGACUGGACGCCGUCGAGGACAACGACCGUUUUGACUGUUACCCGGAUGACGGCGCGACACAGCAGCUGUGUGAGGCUCGGGGCUGCAUGUGGGAAGAGACAAACAACAACAAGGCGCCGAAAUGCUUCUAUUGUCCCGAUGCGGCCUUCUCUCUCAGUGUGGCCAGGACGGCGACAGGGACAGUGCUCUGGGACACGUCGGUAGGCGGGUUCACCUUCUCGGACCAGUUCCUGCAGAUUUCUACCAAACUCCCGUCCUCCUAUGUGUACGGGUUCGGCGAGCACGAGCGCAACAAGUUCCGCCAUAACAUGGACUGGUGGACCUGGGGCAUGUUCACACGGGACGAGGCGCCUGGACCGCCCUCGAACGGUGUCAACAAGAACCUGUACGGCAUGCACCCGUUCUACCUGUGCGUGGAGGAUGACGGGAAGGCUCACGGCGUCCUGCUGCUCAACUCCAAUGCAAUGGAGGUAGUCCUGCAGCCCACCCCUGCCAUGACGUUCCGGACUGUCGGCGGGAUUCUGGACUUCUACAUGUUCCUGGGAGACGGGCCUGAGGACGUGGUGCGGCAGUACACUGAGUUUGUAGGCCGCCCGUUCAUGCCACCAUACUGGGGACUGGGCUUCCAGCUGUGCAAGUGGGGCUACGGGAGUCUUGAUGUGGUCAAGGACGUCGUCAAGGAGAUGCAGGAAUACAACAUCCCGCACGACGUACAGUACGGUGAUAUUGACUACAUGGAGCGUCAGAUGGACUUCACCAUAGAUCCCGUCAACUACCAGGGACUUCCUGAGUUCGUGGACCAGAUCAGACGAGACGGCAUGCGUUACGUCAUCAUUCUGGACCCCGCCAUCACGACCAACGAGACUGCACCCUACCCACCCUACACUAAUGGCACGGCACUGGACGUCUGGAUCAAGAGUGGAGAGGACACUUCACAACCGCUCACAGGGAAGGUGUGGCCGUACUACCCCGGUACUGUUGUUGAUCCAAACGCAGAAUGGGACUACAAAGUCGAGAACUACAAUGCCUACUCCGUGUUCCCCGACUAUUUCCACGCCGAUAUCGACCGAUGGUGGGGAGAGUUCAUCAAGGAUUUCUACAAGACUCUCAAGUUCGACGGGCUCUGGAUCGACAUGAACGAGCCCACUAAUUUUGUACACGGAUCUGUGACCGGCUGCUCCGACAACAAGUGGGACAACCCGCCCUACAUGCCAAAGAUCUUGGGCCCUAACAUUUACUCCAAGACCCUGUGUAUGAACUCGAUUCACGGCGGAACGGAACACUACAACACGCACAGUCUGUACGGGUGGAGCCAGGCCGAGCCUACACAGAGGGCCCUGCGGGAAGUGACCGGGAAACGCGGGAUCGUGUUCGGCCGCUCCACCUUCCCCAGCGCCGGCCACUUUGAGGGCCACUGGCUUGGCGACAACACGGCAAAGUGGGACCAUCUACACAAGUCCAUUAUAGGAAUGUUGGACUUUGGCCUUUUCGGUAUGCCAUACGUCGGUGCAGAUAUCUGUGGGUUCUGGGACGAUGCGACCCCUGACAUGUGCCACCGUUGGAUGCAGCUCGGCGCGUUCUACCCCUUCAGCCGCAACCACAACUACGAAGGAGGCGCGCCCCAGCACCCGACCCACUGGGACGGCGUCAUAGCUGACGCGGCCCGAGACGCCCUGCAGACCCGCUACACCUUCCUACCCUUCCUCUACACCCUCUUCUACCAGGCACACACCCAGGGGUCAACGGUCGUGCGGUCGCUCAUGCACGAGUUCAUUGAGGACAAGCUCACCUGGUCCAUUGACAGACAGUUCCUGUGGGGCCCCGCCCUACUCGUCUCACCUGUACUGGAUCAGGGGGAGAUGGACGUCAACGCCUACUUUCCCAAAGGGAGGUGGUACGACUACUACUCUGUGAACUCUGACCGACAGGGCCGGGAGGUAGCCGGGUCAGACCAGGGGAGGAGUCUGUUGCUGCCGUGUGACAUGGACUGUAUCCCGGUACACAUACGGGGUGGGCACGUCAUACCUACACAGGAACACGCCAACACUACUGUCUACAGCCGGAGGAAGCCCCUUGGUUUGAUCGUGGCCCUGGACGAGGCUGGCCGGGCCUCCGGGAGUCUGUUCUGGGACGAAGGAGAAGAUAUAGACACAAUCGGCAGCAACAGUUACAGGAUGAUUUCCUUCAAUGUGGCAGAGAGUACACUUGACAUCACCGUGGAAAGAAACGGCUACACGCCUGACCCUGAACUUCGGUACGAGACCAUUCAGGUGUUCGGGUCACCCACCAUGCCCACUGACGUCACGGUGAACGGACAGAGCGUCGCGUCGGAAAAUAUCGUCAAGAAGACUGCAGACAAGGUAAGGGACUAUGGCAAAACUUAG